ACGAACAAAAAACAUCACCAGGGGAAAAUAAAGCCUUUGUUAUCCUGCUUGACUUGCAAUCGACCUCGAACUCUUUGGCACUCGCAUGAGCCACACAAUAUCAAAACUUCUGGGCGCUCCGGCUGCGUUCGACGGUUCCCGUCUCCUUCCACCAUCAUCUCCGACUACCACGCACAAACGAAAAUGAUGUUGGACUGUCGUUGUACUGCCUUCAAGACCAUCAACGGUGCUCUUUGAGCGGCGUCUGGUCCUGCCGGCACAUACCUCUUGACGGGGGCACAUUUAUUGAUCGAAACCUCUUACGAUUCUCGACCCGACUUGACUAUUCAAAUCUUUGACGACUGCUGUUCAUUUCCGUCCAACCCGUCCCUUGUCGACUCUGGCCUUUCCCCGAUCUCACAUCAAUCAUCCGCAACCAAUCGACCACCUCCAGCCUCUGUGAUGUACAGCGAUUGUAACUCACACGAUACUCAGAUGGAGCGAACUAUGAUUUCAAGACGAAGUGCUCGAUCAUCUAUUGAACCCGGCGAGGAGGCAAAGCCGGACUUUGAGUCUCAGACUCAGUCCAAAAGGAAUUCAAUCAUGGAAAUAGAAACCACGCAGGAGUUCGAGGACUGCGUUGCGUCUACGACAAGCAUUCAGAGUGGCUGUAAGCUGCAAAAGUCGCAGUCUAUGCCUGCUCUCUAUGCUUCCCCCUAUGUUUGGCUUGACCCUAUGGAGCCAAGCUCCUGGGGCAAAGACGGUUACCUUAAAGUCAUGACUGGAACCGGCAACGCACUGAAGGGGACGGAUUUUCUACAGCAACUUGAGGCCGGGCUACCUGGUGAUUCGCAAAAGUCGUCAAGACCUGUGAAUUUUGGCAUGAUCGUCCCAGGCGUCUAUCGGUCUGGUUAUCCCCAGCAGGAGCACCAUGCGUUUAUGAAGGAUCUCAAACUCAAGACUGUCGUAACUCUGGUUGAAAAGGAACCGCCGGAGGGCUUCAAGCCAUUCCUCACAAGCAACAACAUCAAACACCAUAUCAUCGCCAUGAAGGGCACCAAGAAAGAGACAAUUUCGUUGGAAACUAUGCAGGGCAUUUUAAAUGUUGUGCUCAACCCCAAGAACCAUCCUCUGUUGGUUCAUUGUAACCACGGCAAACACCGCACUGGAUGUGUUGCAGGCGUGGUCCGCAAAGUCACUGGGUGGGAAACGGACGCCAUCAUUGACGAAUAUCGCAAGUUUGCCGAUCCCAAGGAACGUGAAUGUGAUAUCGACUACAUCACCAUGUUCGACAUUGCCGACGCCAAGCUUUCCAGCAUAUUUACUCGAAAACCUCUCUAUGCACAGGUUGGCCCAGUUGGUAUGGUUAUGCUGACCAUCCUCGUCGUUGCUCUGUUCACUCUUAGCAUGAUCAAGGAGGACGUGGCCAACGAUUGGUCGUAGAUCUUUUUGUCCAGAGGAUCUGCAUAAUCGCUUUCAUCAACAUGACAUCGAUAACAACGCCCUACAUCUAGCCGAAUUGCUGCCGGCGCUUAGCCUUCUUUGGUUGCUAUCUGAUACGGGGCGCCCAAGCAGGGGUUAAAUGACCCCAUCAAUCAGUUGGGUCACGUUUGACUGCGAAUAUUCGGUAACAUUUCCGAUAAAAGUUAUGGCAUGUUGCGUUAGAUUCUUGGAUGAUACCAGGAAGCCGCGCUCAUGCAGGCAGCAUCUGCUCUUUGUUGUUUUCUUUUCCUUUGUUUAUCCCGUCACUUGUUUACUAGAUGAUAUAGCGGGGACCAUCAAGUGCUGAGACGUCUCCCGGAGUUUGGUAUAAGAGCUGGUGGUUCGUGUCCCGCUCGUUUGUUUCUUUCUGCAUCGGAGAAAUCACUACUCUCAAGUUUCUUUUGUCUUUUUAUGUGCUCUGGAGAAAAAAAUGGCGAUCUGUGAGCUCGAUAGGACCGCAAGGUUUAUCAUCGCCCGCUUGUUUCCCUCCGCUGGUUUGCCUAUUGCGGACGCCGGAAAUCGGUUUGAGUUGUAUCAAAUAUUAAUUAUUCACCGUCACAAAACAUGGCGCGUUAGGAAAAAAUUCCUUGGCAUCAAUGCAAAUACCAGA